AUGACGACAGACAACGCGCUUAAUUCACAACGGGUGUUCAAAAAAUCGUCCCCAAACAAUAAAUUGACACUUUACUUAGCGUCGCGUGACUUAGUUGUAGAAAAUGGUUCCAUCGACAAAAUUCAAGGAGUACUACACGUGGAUCCUGAGUAUCUUGAAAACAAAAAACUAUUUGGACAAGCCACUUUAACUUUUAGAUAUGGCCGAGAAGACGAAGAGGUAAUGGGACUAAAGUUUUGCAAUGAAGCCAUAAUGAGUCUGGCACAGAUUUGGCCCGUGAAUUGCAAUCACGAAAGAGAACCUAACACGCCAUUGCAGGAUGCCUUAAUAAAGCGAUUGGGAUCACAUGCGUUUCCAUUUCAUUUGGAAAUAACGCCCUUAGCCCCACCGAGUGUGCAGCUGGUGCCUGCCAAACAGUAUCACGGAGCACCCAUUGGAACAUCUUAUGAUGUGCGUGCAUACAUUGCUGAACGAGCUGAGGAGAAGGUAUCUCGACGUAACAUAGUCCGUAUGGGAAUUAGAGUGUUGCAAGGUCCAGGACGGCCAAUACCUGCGGCAGUGCUACCACAUACUACACACUCACCGCAUACUCUUAGCGCGUUAGCUCAUCAUAAUGUACUCAGACUCAAAAAUAAGACGAAACUAGAUUCUGAUGAAAACUCUCGAGGGAGAAAAAACGAAAUCGAAAACUUAGAACCGGCACCGCCCCGAGUGAUGGUUGAAAAGCCAUUUUUGCUUUCUGACGGCAGGGUAGAGCUAGAGGGCUGGUUAGAUAAAGCAACUUACUCUCACGGUGAAUCCGUUAACGUAAGCAUCGUUGUAGGGAAUCACUCGUCUAAGACUGUGAGGCGAAUAAAGGUCCUGGUUAUUCAGCAUGUAGACGUCUGCAUGUUUUCAAAUGGCAAGUUCAAGAAUGUAGUAGCAUUGGUCCGUGGAACGGGUACGCCAGUCAUGCCUGGUCAAACACUAACUGACACAUAUACUUUAACACCUAACAGGGGUGUCACCAAAAACUGGAUAGCACUCGAAGAUUCAUAUUCCAAAACAGGUGCAAGCCUUGCUUCUACAGUUUUGUGCAAUUUAAACACACCCGAAGAUCGAAACGUAUUUGCAAUUUAUGUUUCAUACUACGUAAAAGUAAAAUUGACUCUAAGCGCCAUGGGUGGUGAAUUAUCUUUGAAACUUCCAUUCACUUUGACACAUUCAUGUAUUAAUGAAGCUCCAACAGAUAGUGUAAUAGAAGAAGCUACGCACAAAAUGAUUUUGGAAGGUAAGGAAAAUAGUGAGGAAGAAGAUAGCAAAGCUGAAAUAGAAAAAGAUAAGCAAAAUAAUAAUGAAAAGGAAGACAUAAAACAAGAGACGGCAUUUGGUGACGACGCAGAAAUUAAAUCACCGGAUGACCAUAAAUGUGUCGCUGAUGUUUUAGUAAACAUAGAGAACAAAAUAAAUGAUAGACCAAAAAAGUUUGAGGGACAAACCGAAGUACGCAACGUUAAACCAAAUGAGGAGGAAUUGGAUUUGAUUGUUAAGUAUCCAUGUUCAGACACGUGA